UGGGGGGGCGGCACGGAGUAGCGUAAGGGACGCAAAUUACGUAACAGGAAGAAGGGCCGUGAUAUAGGCGGAGCGCAAGGGCGUACCUUGAACGUGGGGGCGCGACACGUUUGUGAGGGCGUGACAAAGACGGUCCCGCUCAAAGGAGGGGUGGGCCCAGACGUAGGACGGAGGCGGGGCCACGUUGGCGGGCAGGCGCCUGACCGCGGCUGCAGACCCAGAGCGAUGGCAGCGUAGGUGUAGCCAGGGCAGAGAACAGGUGCGGACCAAGGCUCUGGGUGGAGGGAGAGGUGGUUCAAGCCCUGAGGCAGUGAGCGACUCCAAGGCAGGACUUAAAGGGCUUUGUCGGAGACUUAGGCGGGGCGACGGGGACGUGACGUGUUACGCGCCAUGACGUGUACGGCGUGAGGGGCGUGACGAGUCGCGACGGGACGUGGCCAAGAUGGCCGCGCGCAUGAGUCUCUCCCCGGCGCUGAGUGGAGGGGGUCCGCUCUCAGGGAAAUAUUCGGGUUAUUAGGUUCCUGCAUGUUAUUUCGGGCCUGAUCAACAUUUCAAGCUAAACAUGGUGGUGAUGAGUAUCCUCAGGGCCAUUCUGCAAGCCUCUCCAUGCAGGUCACCGUGGAGAAGAUUCCAGAUCCCCAGCUCCGUGCCGGCGAGGCCCUGCAGCCUCUACACCUGCACGUACAAAACCCGGAACCGAGCCUUGCACCCGCUCUGGGAGAGCGUGGACCUGGUCCCGGCGGGCGAGCGCCAGUCGCCCAUCAACAUCCGGUGGAGGGACAGUGUCUAUGAUCCUGGCUUAAAACCGCUCACCAUCUCUUACGACCUGACCACCUGCCUCCAUGUCUGGAAUAACGGGUACUCCUUCCUCGUGGAAUUUGAAGAUUCUACAGAUAAAUCAGCUGUACUCGGUGCAUCAGAAUGCAGUCACAUUUCAAAACUUUGAGGAUGCAGCAACUGGAGGAAGGUGGUUUCACUACGAUAGGAAUAUUUUUAAAGAUGAAGUGAAGCUCGAUGAAGUUAAGUGCUCUCCUGCCACGUCAUGCAGUUAUCCGCUGGAGAAGUCAACGGCAAAGCUGUGGACCACACUCUGUGCAGUGCCUGUCAGCUCCUGUAGCUUCAGCAGGUGCAGACCUUCCCUGGAGGCUGAGUGUUUUCAGGCUACACAUCACAAAGAGCUGCAGAAAUUGGUGGAUACUUUGCCAUCAAUCAAGCAUAAGGACACCCUUGUGGAAUUUGGGUCAUUUGAUCCUUCCUGCCUGAUGCCCGCCUGCCCAGAUUACUGGACCUACUCGGGGUCCCUGACUACCCCGCCCCUCUCUGAGUCUGUCACCUGGAUCAUUAAGAAGCAGCCCGUAGAGGUUGAUCACGAUCAGAGGCCCCGACUCCGCUGCACUGCGAUCAUGGGCAGCUACCUGGGCACACCCAUGGCCACUCUGCCACGCCGGGCCCAGAAGCGAGGUUCCCCCUGGCCCAGGCCCACCCACUGCCACCCGGGCCCGGAUGGGAGCCGUAGCCUCUCCUGGGUCCGCAGCCAGCCCACCCCCACCAUGCCACCCUGCUGGGACCAUGCCAGAGUCUGGAGGGUGAUGGUCCCCAAGGCCUGGAGAGCUUUCACUGCAAGCCACCCCUCCAGAUCUUCAUGGGGUUGGAUUUUUCCAGUGAUCACAAGAGUUUGAUGAAGUGGCUGUGAAGUGCCCAAUACCCGGCACACACCUGGAGCCUGGUGACAAUCGAACUCACUCCUGCAGAGUGCAGAGGGAAAUGCUACAGGUGCCUGCCUAUCCACGAGCCCCCGGGGCCCUAUGUCAAGGAGGCCUCGCUGAGGGCCCCUAGCAGACGCAAGAAAAGAAAACAGAAUCCUUGGACCUGUCUGCUUCAAACCUCCCAGGCCAAGAGAAAAAAGGCAGAGCCCGGGCCAGGCCAUCCUCCUUCAGGCCUUUAUGGAGAGACAGAAUGGUCCCUUCCUUUGUGCCCGGGCCUGGGCCUCUGAGGCCAGGCCUCUGCUCCUGGUGCAGCAGGGCCCCAGAGGACACCGACCCGGGCCUACCUGCCUCAAGGACACAGCGCCGUGGCCUGGGCUGCCGAGCAGAUCAGUACUCCCCAGGGCCUGGGCCUCCUGCAGCCUGAUGUCUCCCCCGUAUCCUGAGUCAGAGCCCUGCCACCUCCACCUCCUGAGACUCAAACCCACAGUUGUUUCACUCUGCCCUACCCCAACACGGGUCCCUGACACCCCCAGUCAGCCCUCUCCCCCGCAGCUGGCGGCUCCACCAAGCCCCCAGACCCCCUCCCUUGACCCUGCAGAGCCCACACUGAAGAAGCUCUCCAGCUACCCAAACCUCUGCCUUCCUUGUGCCCACCCAGUCCUCCUACCUGUUCCCACACUCAUCAGGAAGGCAUGCUUCUCCCCUACUUCCCCACUUUGUGAAGUGAAAAUGGCGUUCUUGUUUUAGAUAAAAAUAAUAGACAACUUUAUGAUCACAGA